AUGGGUGUGCGAAAUGUGGGGGUGUGCGAGAAGUGGGUGUGCGACGUUAGUAAGCAUGGUGACCGGCUCGUGGGGUACAAGCUUGGAAACAUUGCCAAGGUCAUGCAAGACGCCUUUGGACUUGAUCAACCCGAUUAUGGCUUCCUCCUUGGGAGCACCUUUGUCUAUGAGGGCACUACUCUAUCCCUAAAGGAUUACAUUAAGCCAUAUGUCGAAUUGGAGCCAGCAUUCGUUCUCAAAGGCCCGCUCAAGGGCCCUAACGUUACUGUCGCCGACGUCAUCAACGCAAUAGACUACGCCAUCCCUGCAAUUGAGAUCAUUGAUUCUAGAGUUAAGAACUGGGCGAUCGACCUCCCCGACACACUGGCGGAUAAUGGCUCCACGGCUGCUGUUAUUCUUGGUGGCACUCCCCGCAGACUAACAGAGCUGAAUCUAAGCAACACACGGGGCGUAUUGCGUUUCAAUGACCAAGAAGUCAUGACAGGCAACACUCGAAAUAUUCUGGGGAAUCCCAUUUCAGCUGUGGCGUGGUUGGUGAACAAGCUCUCGAAGUAUGAUGUCGAGUUCUCGGCUGGGCAAGUGAUUCUUCCUGGCAGUUGCCUUCAGGCGGUGCCAAUGCAGCAGACUGGACAUUGGUCAUGCACAUUUGAGGGCUUCGGAACCAUUGAGUUCGACGUUGGAGCAUAG